AAAAAUAUGAUUUGGAUAGGAACUGAAUAAAAGUUCAUUGCCUCUAUCCCUGGGAAAAUGUGUCAAGUACCCACCCUCUUCCUUGCUGCCAAUCUUCCGGGCCAGUUAAAAGCAGCAAUUCUUGUGGCCCAUCCUUGCUGUGUAUGAGCCGGCUCAGCAUCCACUAUGGCGGAAAUGGAGCACCUGAAUGAACCCAGGCUCCCAGCGCAUGCCAGCCGGAUCCAGAGGAACAUCUUGGAAGAGCACGUGGAACUAUGGUGGUUCCAGGAGCCCAAGAAGUCCCUUAUUUGCUAUGGAGUAGCAGUGGCCUUGAUCCUAGCCUGUGGGGUAGGUGGCAUUGCCCUUCUGUACAGUACUAGCAGUCGCUCUGGAGAGUGGAGGCUGGCAGUGGGCACAACACUCUGUCUGCUGGCACUCUUGGUACUACUGAAGCAGCUGUUGAGCUCUGCCAUCCAGGACAUGAACUGCAUUCGCAGACGGGAACAGGUGGAGUUGCUGAAAAGCGGGGGUGCCUCAGACUGCGCUGUGCUCCUGCUGACAGCCUUGGUGCUGCUGGUGUGUGGCACAGUGCUCAUAGCCCUCUCUACCACCAGUGUCAGCAUUAACCCCCCAGCCCCGCGCCCCCUUGCCAGCAUGUUUAUCAGUGGCAUUGUGCUCACAGUCGCUGGAGCAAUUAUCCUCCUCAGCCUGUUGUUCUAUUUGACAUGGACUUCCUGCCGUAAGGCUACCCGUCAGAACCAGGGGGCUCAAAACAACAGUGGCAUUUUCACCAUAUCAGGACAUGUUUCAGCCAGGCAGCAAUUUCCUCCUACCUCCAGCAUGGCAAACCUAAUUUAACCACCAAGGACAUAGUGGUAACUGCCACCGACUCAGAGAUUACUCUGAUCUUAGGGUUGGAUUUGCCCUACAUUUGCCAUCUGUCCCAAACUCAGCAACGUGAUUAAUUUGUCACCACACAGCAGUCAUUCUCAGUCAGUAUAGAGGCCUGGCUUCUUGGCCAGACAUCAGAACCAGUUCUGAUAUUUGCUUUGGACCACAGGAGAUUCAAAAGAAGUGUGAAUGAAGGAAAGCAAAUGGCUAUUGUUCCAAAGUGGGACUGUGGCUAUCCUAAGUAGCUAAGGCAACUUGAACGCGCAGAGAAGCAUCUCUCUCAGCGGUUCCACUGAAAAUUCAUUUCAAUCUAAUGUUGGUUUAUGCGGCAUUACUGUUACACCUAUUUCUUUUUUGCAUUCAAAAGGACUAGAAGCUUGCUUUUACAAAAAUGAAAGCCGCAGCUCUGUAGAAAUUAAAUCAGGUUUAAGCUUAUUUGACGUAAUUGUCAGAAACCCCAAAUGCACAAAGUUCUAUUUAGAACAACCACAGUAUGAAUGCUAAAGAAUAAUUAAACUACAUAGAGCAUAUUUCCAACCAAGCAUAUCUUCCUAGCCAGAACACUGAGAAUCAUGGCAAAACACCCUAAGAUACAGCUAUCAGGGUUACUAGAUGUGGACUAUAAAAAUCCAGGUGAUCACAAGAUGAUAGUAACAAGUUAUAUUUGUAUGUUUCUUUUUGCUAUCUUCUAGUAAUCCAAAGUUUUGUAAUCCAGACAUGGCAGUUAUGCCACUUGCCAAUUAUUACGGUAUUUAUUUAUUAUUUAUUAAAUUUAUUGGCUGCCCACCUUACCACAGGCUAACAGUACUCAAUAAAAAAAAAAUAAGAUUUUGUUCUUCUCCAGUUUGGAAACAAGAUAAAAUCACCCAAUCACUGGGAAUCAGGUGGCAUGUAAAUUUCACGAAUGUUUAUUAAUAGUAUUAUAAAAGAAAGUUUACAGGAGAAGCAUACUGUGUGAAUCCAGGGAAGCAUCAAUUCAUGCAAUAUAUGGAAAACAACAGUUUUAUGGGCAUGCUGAUGUAUGAAGAAAUAAUAUUUACUUGGUUUACCUUUAUAGUGGAAAUCACUAGGUCUGAUUAUUUCAAGAAACAUCUUGCUCCAGACAAAGAGCAUCUGCAGAUUAGGAGCUUUAUAAUGUCUGUCCCUUCCUGCAAUGCCAGCUCUCUCAACAGACAUAAAAUAGCAAAAGAAAAGUCAGCAGAGUUUACUUAAAUUGUACUGUACUGGUAGUCCU